AGCACAGCGUCGCUUGGUAUUUUGACAGCUCGAGUCAAAAUAUUUACGCGCUUUUCCUAGAUCUGCUUGUGCGCUUUUCUUUCGCGCGUUUCUGGUUGCGAUGUGGAAGAUAACAGCGAACAUUGAGCGGGAAAUCACUUCUCCCAAAUUUGUCCCAUAGCUUAGCAGAAGUGCGCAUGGUUUCAACGAUCUUGCUAUAAAGCAGUGCGGCCACAAACAGUGAUCUAUGAAUUCAGUGUUGAAUUUACGAAACCGCGAGUCGGGCAGCGGUUUCUCCUGCCAGUACGAUGCUCCCUUAUGUCGGCUGCUCGUCCAGGAAGGGGACAGUUGGAAAGGUAUUACGCCAUCCGCAUUCACGGCGGAUUACAACCCCUCGCCACCGAUUCUGGCAGCCAAGUUUUCCAAGUGCAGUGGAAUGGAACACAUUCUGGCGAUUGCAAAUGAGGAUGGCAAGAUAGCGCUGCAUGAUACGAACUUCAUAAACAAGGCACCGGGCGGUGAAGAAGCACUAGAAGGAGUACAGUGCCACUUCAAUGCAGUGUUUGACAUCGAAUGGAUGCCGGGUGAAAUGAAGCUGGUGACGGCUUCGGGAGAUCAUACGGCGAAACUGUGGGUGCUGGCAGAAUCCGAUAUGGUCAGCACGCAAACCUUUCGCGGUCACACGCGAUCGGUAAAGACGGUAGCAUUUCGGCGCGACGAUUCGGCAGUUUUCGCCACGGGUGGCAGGGACGGUGCCAUACUGAUCUGGGACAUUCGGGCACAGGUUGGGUUGAAUAUGACACCACGGAUGGAUAAUUGCAUCUACAGUGGACAUGCCGGUGGACCGGGCACGCCAGCGUCGCACCGGAAGCGAACGCGCCAAACGCCAAAGAUUCCAGCACAAGGGUGUAGUAGCAGCAUUACCGGGUUAGCCUUCCAGGACGGUAAUACAUUGAUAUCGUGUGGUGCAGGUGAUGGUGUGGUGAAGGUGUGGGAUACAAGGCGCCAUUACACCACCCACCAGAGGGAACCGAUGCCAAAGUAUAGCUUUUCGUACGCCGGCACUACGACGCUCAAGGGCUUUACCAAUCUCGUCAUUGACGAAAGGCGGCACCGAUUGUACGUGAACUGUAUGGACAAUCACAUCUACUGCUACAAUAUAUCCUCGUACGAUAGAAAACCGGUGCAGCGGUACGGUGGGUUUCAGAACGGAACGUUCUACGUUAAAGCUGCACUUAGCUCGGACGGCCAGUAUCUGAUCAGUGGCUCGAGUGACGAACGUUGCUAUAUCUGGAACGUGGACAAUCCGAAUCCACUGUUGAAACUGUCGGGCCACUCGGCGGAAGUGACCAGUGUAGCCUGGAUGCAGAGUGAUCGUGACGUGCGCAUAGUGACCUGCAGUGACGAUGCGCGUCAUAAGGUGUGGCGGAUCGGACCCGACGAGAUGGAUUCGGAUGAAAUGCAGCAGCUACGCGGUACGGCACAGUAUUGUGAUUCCUAUCGUUCGGAUCAUGCAGAAAAGCUUCGUUUGAAAUCGCUCGAAUACACGCCAAGAUCCGUGCGGGGGCUUAUGCAGCGUAACGAAACGACACCGAGCACGCAGGAAGAUUUAAACCGUACUCCGAAAGCAUCCGGUGCCGGCCUGAAGAUGUGGGCGAGUACGCUCAGUGCCGGUGCGACCGCUUCCGAACGGGCGGCAAAGCGAAGUUUCUCCGAGCUAGCGGAAACGGACGGUCAACACUGUCUGCCAGCAAAACGACCGUAUCGCGAGGAGGGUCGUGGCCGUCGGUUGUUCAGCCCAGCAAACUCGAAAUCAUCGUACAGCUUUAAGGCUCUUGAAAUUGCAUCCAGUUCCUCCACCUCGCGUAGUCUUAAUGUGAUUCUGGAAGCGUCCGACGAGCUGACCGUUGGUUUAUCACCCUGUAAAUCUCCGCUAGCCACCGCUGAUCUAAACGUACGCUCACCGGACCAAUCACUGGCGCAACGAUGCGCAUCACCAACGCUAAACCUAAUCCUGCCCAACUUUGUACUGGACGGGGAGGCACCACAUCUAGUGAACGUGCUCGCUGCAUCCGGUGGUAGCGAAAGUGGUAACCGAUCGUCCUUCUCCGGUGGUGCCACGAUCGGUGAAGGUUCCGGCCAGGCCGGUUGUGGUGCCGUAAAGCGUAAGUUAAAGGACCAUAUCGAUUGGUUGACAAAGAUACGAAAGCAGAAACAGCUACAGAUAGCCAAAGGCAUCGAAAACAGUUAUAGUGCGGCGCUGGAGAAAGCCUCCGCAGCAGCAUCACAGCUUCUUUCGCCACGACUUCAGCAGUUGAAAUCGUGCGACGAGGGAGCGGGUGGGGACGGUAAUCAUCACGCUCAGGAACAUAAUUCGCUCACAAGCAGUACCGAAACACCGACAACACCGCGAAGACGCUCCUCAUGGGCUUGGAGUAAUGGGAGUCCGCACGAGAGUGGAGACGAUACAGGUCAUCGGGCCGUUGCAAGAACAACGCCAAGAAGCCGACGAUAUUCAUUACACGGAAUGCGAGGACUACCAUCGGUUUCGUCGGAAUCUACUUCUAUCAGACGGUUCCUAACGGUAACAACACCUACCAGCCGAACAAAUGCCCAAGCGUCUAGCUGAGCAGAAAAGCACUAACUAACAAUGAAGUCACUAUCGUGUCGCUUGAAGCACCGAUGAUGCUGUAUUAAUAUUCGUGGCCUUCUCAUUGGAAAUGGCUGACCUUAGAUUAAGCAUUCGUUAUACCACCUGCACACUUCCGGUGUCGAAGUGGAAAGUAAUUCAAUACCUCCUUGAUUUUAGCCAUUAUAAAAAUAGUAUCGUACCAGAUAAAAUGUACAUAAAGCGGAUAAUAAGCUACGAGCUAGAGAGAGAAAGAUCGUUAAAUGCCUCCGUAUUUCCAACCAAAAUACCACUCAAACUGUUCACUUAUAUACCACUUAAGAUUCAUGACAUACGAUUCAGCAUUUUACAUUAUGCACAAUAGAUUUCAAACUACUUUUAUACCUUGUGUUUUUGCUUAUGGACAAUAUAAAGCCACACUUCUAUCGCGCGUAGGUUAGGAAGUAAAUGAAAUGUUUUUUUUUUGUUGCUUUUGGUACGGUACCGGUGAGGACAUUUAGCGCGAUUACGAUAAGAAAAAUGCCAUGCGUUUUGAAGAACAAUAUAUGUAGAACUGAUGUGAUAGGUGUAGACUGGAUUAGCGGAUGAUUGAACUCAUACUGUGUGAGGAUCAUGAUGGAAUUGAGGUUCGUAUGAACUGCUUGAGACCAUCAAACAAUAAAAUUAUCACCAUGCAUUUGACAAAAA